UCGGGCAAGAUGGCAGCGUCCUUGAGAGGCAUGUUUAUGCCGCAGCGGUGUGCAACAUGCUGAGCAGCUGGAGAUGUGAGGGGCUGAGCUGCUGACAGCGAUACAAGAACAUGGAGAAGCAGGGGUUCGUCGCCUCUCUGGUGGCUGGAGGCUGUGCUGGGAUGUGUGUGGAUCUGACCCUCUUCCCUCUGGACACCAUUAAGACCAGGCUGCAGAGUCAGCAAGGUUUCUAUAAGGCAGGCGGCUUCAGGGGCAUCUACGCAGGGGUCCCAUCUGCUGCUGUCGGCUCCUUCCCCAAUGCUGCUGCUUUCUUUGUCACCUACGAAGGCACAAAGUCCCUGCUCAGCGCUGGCGGGGCACUCGCAGCGCCUCACAUGGCACCUGUCACUCACAUGCUGGCCGCCUCCCUCGGUGAAGUAGUGGCGUGCCUUAUCCGGGUUCCCACAGAGGUGAUCAAACAACGGGCCCAGGCUUCUCCCUCAUCCACUACCCACCACAUACUGCUGGCGACACUCAGAGGAGAGGGUGUUCGAGGCUUGUACAGAGGAUUUGGGAGCACAGUUCUCAGAGAGAUCCCAUUCUCACUGGUGCAGUUUCCACUUUGGGAAUAUUUAAAGACUCUGUGGUCGCGAAGGCAAGGUCACACACUCUACCCUUGGCAGGCUGCAGUGUGCGGAGCUUUUGCAGGAGCGAUAGCAGCAUUUGUUACCACUCCACUUGACGUGGCGAAGACCAGGAUCAUGCUUGCGAAGGCUGGGUCGACCACAGCGAGAGGCAACAUCCCGACGGUGCUCUACGACGUGUGGAAGAGCCGAGGCCUCACUGGUCUGUUUGCGGGCACCAUACCGAGGAUGGCCUUCAUCAGCGUGGGCGGGUUCAUCUUCCUGGGAGCCUAUGAGAAGGUCCGUCACACUUUGCUCUGACCGUCAGUCCAGAGUUUCAAGUGAAAGCAUCGCUGGGAGUAGCACCCUUGUCUCCUGGAGGGGCCCUACCCCACCCCACUGUGCCUCCAUGAUGCUGCCCCCCCCCCCCCCCCCCCUCCACCUGAGAAGCAAGGAACACCCGGUGCUCGGGGCAAGAGUCGGCCACGAGCGCGAACGCGUUACCCAGCAUUCCUGCUCACAGCAGCAGUGGUUUGGAGAAACGAGGCCACACCCGGAGCACUGAGGGAUCUCUACUGUUUAAUGAGUGUGUGGAUGAAUGAGUUAUGUUUUUAAAGAUCUGAUGAUUCCUCUAGUUCCCUGUGGGCGGCUCGCUGUACUUUCUACGUUGGUUCAGGAUUAUUUUAGUGUUUUAUCCAUAUUUUGUCUUCUCCAUGAAGUCAAACCUCCUGUUAAAUACCCACCUGGGAGAGACAGUGAUGUCUCACCAUUGCUACAUUCCCACUGGAGCAAGACUGAGCUCAUCCAUCUGCAGCAGCUCUCGGUUUAUACUGAAGAUGCCUCCAACUAUAGACCACUCUGUUCAAUUAACAAGGCUCUGGUUUUUAGUAGGAGUCUCAGGUGUCCUCCGCCAGCCUGUGAAUUACAGUCUGAGAUACAUUUAUCUUAUUUAUUGAGAAAUAUGAUCAGGCGACUGGAAAGAAUUAAGUACUCGUUUGUUUUUAUGAUGUUAGAGCUAAUUUCUAUCAAAUAAAUGGUGACUGAUUCUUCAUAUGAAAAAUAAACAUGUCUCCAUA